GAGGCAGGCAAAGUCGCCGCGCGGCUGCAGGCGCACGGCGGGGUGUCAAAGCCGGCAAGGACAGCGCGACCCAACGCACCGCCGCUGCUUCGCAACGACACCGAGACCGCCGGCCUUCAGGACGGCUGGAACCGAAGCGGACGGCGAGGGGAGCAUCUCGUCGGGGACGUGGCGUGACGUGACGGCGACGACGGCGGCGCGACGCCGGCGAUGUAGCGGCAGUCAGGCAUGGCGUACACCUCUGUGAGCGACGAGCAAGCGUACCAUCGUCUCCAAGGGGACGGCGGCGCGGGCGGAGGCCCCAACAGUGCGCACCUCCUGCUGCACGACGAUGUGGCCCCCAUCCCCGAGGACUACCCUCCGCGGAGGGGCUGGUGGCCACUGCUGGUGGCAUGCGCGCCGUGCUGUGGGUCAUGGCGAGGCCUGGUGGCGCGUGCCGCCCUGGGCUGGCUCAGCCCCGCCGUGUGGAAGGCGUUCCGCGGCGAGGCCGUGGACAGCAGCGCGUUCGUCAACGAGUCGCAGUCCAGUCUGACGGACUCGUUGCGGCUGUGGCAGCUGCUCCGGGUGUCGGGCGCGGCGGGGCCCUCGACGUCGGGCGGCACCGCGCCCCACAGGCUCGGCCACUGCGUGUGGGCCUUCACGCGCGGUCGGCUCAUCGCCGCCUGCCUGCUGGGGUGCGUGGCCGCGGUGGGCAGCGUGGCGUCGCCGGUGCUGCUCAUCGCCGCGCUCAUCAGCGCCAUGGACGACAGCCCGGCUGACCAGGUCCCCGCCGUGCUCUGGGCCACGGGCUUCGCCGUGUGCGAGCUCCUCACCUGCCUGCUGACCUCCGGCGCGUCCAGCAUCGCGACCAGACAGGCGGGGAGGCUACGCGCGGCCAUGCAGGGCCUUCUGUUCCGGAAGGCCAUCCGUCUCAACAGCUGCAGCGACAUGCUGCCCCACCAGGUGGAGGCCAUCGUGCUGACGACCGGGACGCCGCUAUGGCGCGCCGUGGAACACGCCCCGCAGCUCGUGGUGGCUCCCCUCGUCAUCCUGCUCAGCGUGUCCGCCUCAUGCAUCCUCAUCGGCGAGUCCGCCAUUGUGGCUGCCGCCGCCUUUCUGUUCGCCGCCAUGAUCCAGACCAUCGCCACGGGGCUCUCCGUGAGGCUCCGAGCGCGCGCGCACGCCGUGUUCUCGACCUGGCGCAAGCAACGCACGUUCGAGCUGCUGACCCUGGCCGCGCACGCCAAGACCUACAUGGUGGAGAGCGCGCUGAUUCGACGGAUUAGAGAACUGCGGCGCGCCGAGUCUGUGUCGCUGCGCUUGGCCUCCACCGUGGACUCGCUGUGCAGGACGCUGCUGCCCUCCGCCGUGCCCGCGGCGACCGUGGCUAUCGCGCUGCACCCCACCUUCAACCCCGAGACCAGCGCGCCGGCCUAUCAGGUAUACUGUGAGCAGCUGGCGGACGAGCACCCGUGGGAAGUUACUGCUGAAAUUUUGGGAAUCCACAUAUCUACGACUCCCUGGAAGACUAAUGGGGUUCUCAGGCAGGAAAAGAGAACAUAA